AUGCCUUCCAUCGCAGAUCUGCCACGUCCGGUCAAGACAUACCACACCCAGACCUAUGACCGCAUCUCGCCAUCGAAUGCCCAGUUCAAGGGAGAAGGCAAGACUGUGUUGAUCACAGGCGGCGUGACAGGUCAGUCAACCAAACCAGCGCCUGCCAUGGAGCCGACUACUAACACACAGUCCGACCGUCCACGCAUGAUUGAAGUCCUCUCCUCCGUCGGGCCCAUCGAUGUCCUGGUCCUAAGCGCCGCAGCCUCUCACAAACACGUCAAAUCUACCUCCAUCGACCCCGCCGAAUUCGACGAGACCUUCACAACCAACAUCCUCGCCUGCUACGACAUGGUCCGCGCUUACAUCUCCCAACCCUCUCCCUCCAACAAGACCGUCAUCAACGUCUCCUCGGGCGCUGCACACGUCACUCUGCCCGGUCAGGUAGGCUACGGCGCAUCUAAGGCGGGGUUCUUGCAUGUCCUGAGUGCGAUGGCGGCGGAGUACUCGCCAGAGACCGAUGGGGUGAGACUGAUGAGUAUGCCUCCGGGCACGAUUCUGACGGACAUGGCGAGGAAGACGGGGUAUGGGGAGGCGGAUUUCCCGUGGGAGGAUGAGAAGUUGCCGGGAGACUUUGCGGUGUGGUUGGCUGGGAAUGAGGCGGAUUUCUUGCAUGGGCGGCUGGUUUGGGCGCAGUGGGAUGUUGAGGAGUUGUUGGGCUUGAGGAAGAGGGCGGAGGAGGAGCCGGGGUUCUUGAAGUUGGGGUUGAUAUUUUAG